AUGGAACUUGGAGGCUUCCAUGGCUACCACAAGCUCGAAACCACCACUCCUUCGGGUUCAGAGAGCAGCAUGCGGCUCACAGAAUUCAACCAGCUUAACAAAACCGCUAAUGGCGGUGAAGAGGAGUGCACGGUGAGAGAGCAAGAUAGGUUCAUGCCUAUUGCAAACGUGAUACGGAUCAUGCGGAAGAUCUUACCUGCUCACGCCAAGAUCUCAGACGACUCCAAGGAGACGAUCCAAGAAUGCGUCUCUGAGUACAUCAGCUUCAUCACAGGUGAGGCCAAUGAGCGGUGCCAGCGGGAACAGCGCAAGACCAUUACUGCCGAGGAUGUCCUGUGGGCCAUGAGCAAGCUCGGUUUUGAUGAUUACAUCGAACCCCUCACACUGUACCUCCAUCGCUACAGAGAGUUGGAAGGCGAAAGAGGGGUUAGCUGCGGUGGUGCAGGAUCCGUUAGCAUGACCAGCAGCAUGGUGAUCAAGAGACCUAAUGAGACCAUAGCCGAGUAUGGAGCCUACGGGCCUGUGCCAGGGAUUCACAUGGCGCAGUACCAUUAUCGUCAUCAGAACGGGUUUGUCUUCAGUGGUAACGAACCAAACUCUAAAAUGGGUGGUUCAUCCUCAGCAACAAGUGGCGCAAGUAUUGAACUAUAUCCAACUCAGCAACAUAAGUACUGA